AUGAACCCCAGGGAUAUCUGCUUCUUGGCUUAUGUCCUGUUCUUCUGUGUGGUCUCAGCAAAAAGCAGAGUGCCUACCGAAGCUACCAAAGACAUGAGGAAGAGCAUUCCUAAAUCAUCAGACCCCAGUGAGGUGAAGCCCUCUAGAGGUCUAGGUCACAAGAAACCCCAAAAGGCUGAUAGCCAAAAAGUCCUAGAGGCACCAAGAGCCAGAAAGUCAAGGCCCCAAGUGGAAACUCAGCCCCCUGGAGCCCUGGUACCCUCUCCUCCUUCCAUCUUGAUCCAGGUGGUGGGGAAGGGCCAGUUCCAGAAAGUGGGGGACUCCCUGAGCCUGAGAGCAGGAGAUGCCCUGGAGCUUCGGUGCCGGGGAAAGUCUGUCCACUGGAGGUUCCCAGUUUACCUGGAAGAGGAAGGAGAGGGGCGGCUCAGAAUCAAGCACUUUACUCAAUACAGCCAGCUGCUGGUAAUGAACUCAACUAUUGCAGAUACAGGAGAAUAUAGCUGCUGGUCUCGAUACUGCCAGGAUAGUGAGUGUCGGGAUGUCAAGGACCGCACCAACAAAACCUUUGUCUUCUUUACAGACCAACAGGAGCUCUUUGUUCCCACUGAAGACUAUUAUGAAGUGGUACAGCUUCGGACCAACCAGCCAACUCUGCUGCCCUGCCAGGUGACCAGCCCAGAGGCCCAAGUUACUCUGCACAGGGAGUUCCCCCCUGAGGAGGUUGCUGUGGAUGGAGUGGAUAUCUCCUUUGAUGCCAAGAAGGGCUUCACUAUCCAUAGACCACGGGCCUCACUGGCUGGCUCCCUCUUCUGCAUGGCCAGCCUAGGGGGCAUUCACCAGAUCUCUACCAAAUACAUACUGAUCUAUAUCAACUACCCAUCAUCCUCUCCCAAACCCACCAUCCAAGCCUCAGCAACCUCUGUUCCCUUGGGAGAACAUUUCAAUGUGACCUGCACUGCUCUGGGAGAACCUGAGAUCACUGUGGACUUCACUUGGGAAUAUCCAGGGCAGCUGAUGGGUCGCCCACCCUAUGUCAGUGAAUGUUCCACUGUGGUGCGCAGAGCUGGCCAGGUACAGCAAGAAUGGGAGAGUGUCUUAUAUGUUGAGGAGGCCAGAGCCAAGGAUCAAGGGAUCUAUACCUGCCGAGCCACAAACCUUCAGGGGACCUCGACAGCCAGCACCCGAAUUCGAAUCCUCCAGCCCUCCCGGAUCCUGGUUUCAGCAGACAAAGCUGGUGACCCUUAAACUCCCUCUUUCCCUGCAGGGCCCUGACCUGAGGGCACCUGGAGAGUAAGCGAUAUACAGGUGGCCACAUUCAACUACUCCUGCAUGCAGAGGAUAGAUUGUCUUUCCUCUAGUAGCCUUGUCUCCAAUUUCCUUCAUCUAGGCUUGCUGUAGGUAACCUUUACUCUAGCCAUUUGGCCUGGGCUCCCCCCCCCCCACCUUAUUCUCUAUCCCAGGCCCCCCUCCCCCCAGUGCCUAGGGCCUUAAAUUCUAUCUCCCAAAUUCCUCUUCUAACCUGAACUACCAAUCCUCCUCUCCCUUCCAUUGGUUUCCCAAUCUAGUGAUUAUCUAAUCCCAUUAUGGCCUCAACAAAUCUGGUGGGUAGGAAGGUCAGGAGCUGGGUCCCAGGCAUUGAACUUACCUCAGAGUAACAGAUCACCCACCCUUUUAUUCUUCCUCCCUACCCCCAGACAAAUAUGGAAGCCAAAUAAAGACAGCUA